AUGAGGAACGGAGCAUCCAACUUUACUAUCAUUUCUGAUUCAAUUUCAAAAAAGGGGCAGAAGAUUUGGAAGAAAGCAGACUAUCUCAUCUUUGACACGUAUGCCUGGUGGAUUAAGCAUCCCACCGUGAGACUGAUACGAGGACCGUUUGAUACGAGGGCCAAGAAGUAUGAUGUAAUCGAAGCACACGUAGCAUUUGAAAGAUCGUUAAGGACAUGGGCCAAGUGGGUCGAAGAACAUGUUGAUCCUAAUCGUACCAAAGUUUUUUUCAACAGCAUGGCUCCUCUACAUGUCAGGGCCUUGGACUGGAACAACCCAAAUGGCGUUAUGUGUGAGAAAGAGACUACUCCAAUUUUGAACAUGUCAAUACCAUUGGAAGGUAGCAAUGACCAUCGAUAUUUUGCUAUAGCAAAAAAGGUGAUUCGAUCAAUGAAAUUUCCAAUCAACUUUCUCAAUAUAACCACCCUCUCCGAGUACAGAAAAGAUGCACAUCCCUCUAUUUAUAACAAGGUGCCCACACGAAAGCAGAAAGAAAAUCCAGCCAAGUAUGCUGAUUGUGUUCAUUGUGACGAGUCAUGUCUUGGGGUCAAUCAGGCUUAUGGUCUUCCAUUGGUUUUGUACACCAACUUUUGGUGGUCUGCAUUCAGAUUUUCUGGGCCAGAGAACCUCUUUACUGCUGCUUCUGCUGCUUGCUUAUUAGGCGAUGCUCUAAGCCUUGACCAUUCCCUGCGAGAAGGCCUUCCGGAAUUCAACUUCCCUCUGUCAUAUGGGUGUUCUGAUUUUGUUGUUGUUGUUGGCAAAGGGAUUUUCUCUUGCAGUAGUAAUAAUGUAACAGGAGAUUCUGUUUAUGUGGACAUAAAUGUUGAAACAGAGGUGGUUGAUGUCAUUGAGAUGGAAACUCAUUGUGCCAAUAUAAAGGUGGAAAAUGGAGGAAAAUGGUUUGUAGGUCAAGGAGGGAAAGGGAAUAUCUGUGCGUUUGGAUAA